AUGGCCAUGGAUGGCGUAAUAACUGAACAACGACAGCGGUGGCUUGACACUAUGUAUAUGAUUAUUGAGAUUUAUCCGAAUCUUAGAGAGUCUGAGAAGAAGAAAAGGCCGGCAGUUGAUUACAUGGAGACGGUCCAGGAAGAGAUUGAUCCGAGCAUGCGUGCAAUCCUAAUAGACUGGCUUGUUUAUAUUUGUCAAGGUUAUAGGCUGGAGCGUGAAAUAUUGUAUUUGACUGUCAACUACAUUGACCGAUACCUUUCGAUUAAGCCCAUUGAUCGUAAAAGAUUUCAGUUACUUGGUGUUGCUUGUUUGAUCAUUGCUUCAAAGUAUGAGCACUGCUAUCUACUGCCCACCGAUAAGUUCUACUACGCCGAUGAUGAGAUACUGCAGAUGGAAGCCACUGUUUUAGAUGUUUUGAAGUUUGAGAUGACUGCGGUUACCGUAGGAUGUUUCGUAAGGCAAAUGGUGUUUGGACUGAGUGCUGAUUCCCGUCCAGUGGCAUUAGAGUAUAUGGCAAGCUACAUAUCCGAAUUGUCUCUUCUCAGGUACGAUAUGCUAUGUUUUGCUCCUUCACUUCUCGCUGCAUCAGCUAUUUUCUUAGCAAGAUUUGUACUUAAUCCGUCAAGGAAACCAUGGAAUUUGCCAUUGCGGACGUUCACUUGGUACCAGCCAUCAGAGUUACAAGAAUGUGUCAACGCCCUGCACGCUCUUGUUUGUGAAUCCCAAAAUUCUGAUGAUGAUUUCCCUGCAGCAAUCAGAAAAAAGUACAGUCGAAGUAAGUACCUAUUUGUAGCCAGUAUUGCCUGUCCUGCGCCGAUACCAUUGGAGUACUUCGACAACGUCAGCAGCUCUCUAUCUUCAUCCAGCAAGUAG